AAUGAAUAUAAAGCUUUUUGCAUCUUGAAGAUUGAUAACAACUAAGUUCAAGUUCUGCUUAAUUUCUCAAGAUAACAAAAACCCUUCUAAAUUCUCAGUUCUUUUCAUCUGGGUCUGCCUCAAUUUUCUGAAUCACAGUCUGGUCUGCUUCAUUGUUUCUGUUAACUAAACACAAGAUAAUCUGAUGGAGUGGUAUCCUGGAACUGCUAUGGAUGAUCUUGUUGUUCCCAAGGAUCAAGAUUUGUCAGACACGCUUCCAUCAUCUCCAGAAAUCUGGUCAAAAUGGGGAACGUAUUCCCCUGAAAGUUCAUUGUCGCCUAACAAUUUCUUUAAUAAUGAUAUGAAUGUGACUGAAGAAGAAUUGAACUUCAAUGGUUUCUGUAACGAAGUUGAGAUGGACGUUUCCGUCCAGGAUAAAGAUCAUUAUAGUGGUUCAAGUGUUUGUGGAGGAUCAUUGGAGGAGUCUCUACAAAGGACUUCACUGUCAUGCAGUCGGCCAGAUUAUGAGCUCGAUCCACUUGCGGGGAUUGAACAAUUGGAUGACAUAUUCUUGAGUUCCUUACUUGAUGAUCAGCCCAGGGAUGAAGAUAUCCACAAGUUGUUUGGUGUGUUGCCUGCUAAUAACCGCUUGACAGACAUGACUUUAGAUUCAAAAAGUGGUUCUAGCGACAAACAUAGUAUAGGAAGCUCCAAGUAUCUGCAAACGCAUGCAUUCUCUCCAUCAGUGGGUUGGGAGGAAGAAGUUGCAGCUUCUCCAUUUAUUCCCUGCAACACCAAGCAGAGACUAAAGGCACCGGUGGUCAGGCGCCAAGUUCCUUCAGAGGAGAACACUGCAAAUGAACUUGUUGCUGAUGAAACAUCACUUGAAGAAUCUGUGCUGCAGGAGCUCAGAGUGGUGAUGGAACAGAUGACUGAUAACACACGAAUUUUCUUUCGUGAUGCCUUGUACCGGCUUGCUGAGAGCUCAAAACAACAUGUGAUAAUAUUGCGGCAGAGUGGUGACUCUACUGCAGAAACUCCCCUUGGGGCAACUCAUGAUACACACAUGAGGUCUACGGAAAAGCAAGCAAUGGAAUCAGAAACCAAUGUUGUUGACAGAACCAUUGCAAAUCUCAUGUUCAGUAAGAUGGACGUGAACGUACAAGGCACCUCUGUUGCAGCAGAAAUAAAUCUGAAGCAAGAAGUAAUGAGCGUGGCUGAAGUUCCAAUACUUAGUUAGAAACGGGGAGCAGGAUCACAAGACGACCACUCCAAUCGGCCGCACAUUCGUCAUUUCUGUCGGGCCGUGUUGGCAAGUGAAGGCCGUGAUGCUGAAGUUCCAAUGCUUAGUUAGAAACACCAACACAUAGCGCUGGGAAGAUUUCUUGAAAACCCCUGCUGCAAACACAUGAAAGCUGUCAAUCUUCUUGGAAAACAACCUGCAGAAAAUGAGUGAAAGAUGCCAUAAUAUGGGAAGAAAUAAUCUGAACUUUGUUCUGGACUCUAAACGUAUAUGUACAUAUUCUAGGUCUGAGGAUUCAAGCUGCAUCAGCUCAGCUCAGUUUUGAUUGAUAUUUAUAUUAGGUUAUAAUUACACGACUUGACAAAGUAAAAUUAUGUAUGUAAUUGUGUUGUGUUUGAUUGUAAAGCAGAUUAUUUUAGUAGUAAUUGAGUUACAUAUAAGUUGAAUCUCCAUGGACACUUAUUCUGAAACUUGUCCACUUUGUGGCUUUUAUAUGUUUUCUAUUUCUUAAUGAAAGUUGUUUUACUCUGGUC